AUGGAGAGAAAGACGAAUGCGGGUCGCAAGAAGAUCGAGAUGAAGUUGAUUUCAGCAUCAGACGCUCGGCAAGUCACUUUCUCUAAGCGUCGAUCCGGGCUUUUCAAGAAGGCGAGUGAGCUUGCCACCUUGUGUGAUUCUGAAACUGCAGUCAUUGCCUUCUCCCCAGGUGGCAAGGCUUUCUCAUUUGGCCACCCCUCGGUCGAGGCGGUAAUAAACAGGUAUGACGGGCAAAGCCAGGCACUGGAUGCUGGUGAUCAGAGUGUUCAAACUGACAAUCUGCGUGAGCUCAUCCAACGAUACAAUGCUCUGCUUGAUCAACUGGAAGUCGAAAAAAAACGUGGGGAGGCCAUCAAGCGUAUGGGGAUGGAGAUGAAGGCAAAGACCUGGUUGCUUACACCGGUAGAGAACCUUAACCUCACUCAACUGCAGAUUUUAAAGGUUCUGAUGGAGGAUCUUAAGAAGAGAGUGUACCAGCAACGUGAGGAGCUCUCGAAGAAGGCUCGUACCCCAAGACCACUCCCGGAUCUAAACACAGUUGAACCUGAUGAUCCCUCUGCUUCUAACCCAACCAAGAAUAAUUCCAUGGAGGGAGGAGGAGGUUCUGAGUGA